AUGCGGUGGGCGCGACUCAGCCUGGCUGUCGGCCUCGGCUUCUCGGGGCUUACCCGUUGUGCGGCAGCCUCCAGCGACAAUGCUGUCAACCUGGAGAUGGGCAUCAAUCAGCUGGAGUUUGAGAUGGCCAACGCACUCGGACGACGGCAAGGGAGCGGUCGCUGCGGCCAGGACGGCGGCAAUGCCCGGUGCCCAGACAACCUCUGCUGCUCCCAGUUCGGCUACUGCGGUGAGGGCGACCAAUUCUGUCUUGCAAUUGUCGGCUGCCAAACUCAAUUCGGAUGUUGCGGAGCCAACUGCGGCGGCGGAGCGGCGCCGCCCACAACCACGCCUCCCACAACAACACGGCCGACGACUCCGCCAACCACCAGACCAACCACGCCCACCACAUCGGCCCCCGUGCCUACCGGAUUGACGAUCAGUCAAAACGCCGCCUGGAUCAUCGGCACCACCAACCACGACAAGGCCGCCUACUACUUCACCAACCACACCCACGCCAACCUCGCCCACUUCUACAGCGGGCCCGUCCCCCAGCAUCCCAGCCGGGAUGCGGUCAAGCACGGAUGGCACUUGCGGAAACGGGGUCACCUGUAUCGGGUCGACCUUUGGACGAUGCUGCUCUCAAUUUGGGUACUGUGGGAACGAUUCACAGUUCUGCUCCUCGAUCGUCAGAUGCCAACCUCAGUUUGGCGAGUGUGA